AUGAGUGAAUCAUUAACAUCUCCUAGUGGGGCUGCAGACCCAAAGAAUACAAGACAAGCGAAUACGUCUACGGACACCAAUGGUAUGCGAAGUACUCAGAGUGUGUCCCAAACCAACAUGACGGGUGAUGGGGGCCCCAGGAGCUCCGCUGAUCAAGCAAACAGUGCUCACGGAGACGGCAACUUCAACUUUCCACACGAACGUAUUGCUGCUUUAGCGGCACGGGACAUGGAGGAUAUUCGAAACUCAGAUGUACCCACGGGCAGUGUUCCACCAUCAUCUCCAUAUCCCGUGCACCACGCCGUGGCAAGCGUGACCCAGGCUAUGAGAACGCUCACUGCUUCCACAUCCCCGGGUACAGUGUGUCCCUCGAGCGAAGGGCACGUUCCCAAUUUUGAAGAUGCCAUAAAGGCUGCUUUCUCAGUCGACAAAGUACCUCACCAUGGAGCAUGA